AUGGCCACCGUCGGCACCCUUCCCUUUCCUACCUUCGCGGGCUCCAUCCCUGCUGCGGAUCGUGCUUCACUCUCGGGACUCUCGGACGCUGACAUUCGCAAAUGGAUCGUCGCCAAGGCAGAGGAGUACCGCAAGAUCGCACUGUCUCUUCUAUCUCUCCACAACUCGAUCGCGCCGAUUCAUCGCGCCUUCCCGACAGAACUCCUCUCUGAGGUUCUGUCAUACUGCUGGGACGACAUGCGCAGUGUGCGCCUCAUGCACGUCUGCCGUCUCUGGCGCGCGGCAGCGCUCAAGACCCCGCGACUGUGGGCAGAAGCCGCCGCCGCUCCUGGCGUCCAGUUCACAUUCAACAAGGCCAGGAUCGAGGCGCAGUGUCAAGACCUGGAGGAGGGCCGUAUCUCGUUUGCGGCUACCGCGAUAGAACUAUCGUCUCCAGAACCGCUGCGCCUCAAGAUCCAUUUUCUCCCAGAUGCCCUAUCCCAGACACUCUCGUCGCACACCUCCCGACUCGUCGAUUUGUAUGUACGCCUCCAAAGUGCCGCGCAGUUCAAGUCUCUGUGCGCACUUCUUGCCAGCGGCUUACCCAACCUCACCGUCCUCGGCAUCGCGUUCUUCGGACAUGUAGGGAUGUACCGAGACUGGCUCACCCCGGGAACCAAAAGGCAUUCCGGCGACAUACACGAGCGCGACGACAAAGGGACACUCUCCAAGGAACUCACCAAAUGGAGCGUGGGUGUUCAAGGCCUGAUCGCAUGCACUCCUCGUCUUCAGACACUCCGAUGCGUUCCGAUCGAUCUCGUGUCUCACUUUGCUUGUUCCACCGUGCGCGACAUGUGCAUCACUCCCGCAGUGUUCGGCACGAAUCACUUGGAGGGCUUCAUCCACGCGUUGAAGAACACUCCGAACGUCAUGCGCCUCGAUCUGUGCAUGGAGAACGCCCGGCUGAGGCCGGACGACGACGCGCCCGGGUGGGCGGCCAGCCCCGUCGACCUUCCAGCGCUGCAGACGUUGGUCGUCAACCUCAACGGAAACACACACGCGGCACAGUACCUGGACCUCAUCUCCCUUUCGUCUUCCGUAGGCAUCGACCUUAUGCAAGGCGAACUUGGCCUUUCGUUUCUCUACCAAGACCUCCCUUCUCGCCACACCCCGCUCAUCCAAUCCCGAGUCCAGUCCGCAAAUACCGUGCACAUCUGCGACUCCUACGACCGGUGGAAGAUCCCCACCGUCGUCAUUUCAACGUCGAAGGACGACGAGGAGCCCGUCCGCUUUACCCUCUCCGCCGACUCGCACAGCACUGCACCCUAUCUGCCCUCGCUCGAGCUCAUCGAGACCUUCCGCGACACGGGCGCGGCCGUCACCCACCUCGUCCUCCACCAGACCUGGGCGAUCCAGACCCUGGACGGGCAGCCGGACGUCUUCCGCGCGUUCCCGCACCUCACCUCGCUCGACCUCGCCGGCCCCCGCGCGCACCGCGUCAUCAAGGCGCUCCAGCACCUCGACGACGACGACGACUUCGGGCGCCCCGACGCGCUCGUGUGCCCGCGGCUGCGGACGCUCAAGGUCGCGUUCGGGCUGAACCGCGGGGACGACAAGUCGGCGUCGCGUAGGGCGUGGGCGGCGCUGCGGGUGCGGCCCGCGGGGUGGAGGGAGACGGUGCUCCACGCGAUCCCGGCGCGGGUCGCGGCGCUGGUGAAGCCGCUGGAGCACCGCGCGCGGUGUGGGCUCCGGCUGAAGCGGCUGGAGUGGGAGGACCGGGAGUGGGAUCCGACGCUGAGGCUGGAGUUCCCGCCGUCGGCGGUGGUGGGGACGUACGUUCCGAGCCCUGCGCUGUUUGAUCAGGAAGCGCUCGAGAAGCUGGUGAACGGGCCGGUCGUCUUUGGGGGGUUCACGUACCAGGAGAUGCCUGAGCGUGUGGUGUUACCUGGACAGAUGGAUGUACUGUGA